CAGCGGCGCCCGGGGCCGGCGGCGGCGAGGGGGGUGAAGAUGGCGGACGUGCUCAGUGUCCUGCGACAGUACAACAUCCAGAAGAAGGAGAUUGUGGUGAAGGGAGACGAAGUGAUCUUCGGCGAGUUCUCCUGGCCCAAGAAUGUGAAGACCAACUAUGUGGUUUGGGGCACUGGAAAGGAAGGCCAACCCAGAGAGUACUACACAUUGGAUUCUAUCUUAUUUCUUCUCAAUAAUGUGCACCUUUCUCAUCCUGUUUAUGUCCGACGUGCUGCCACUGAAAAUAUUCCUGUGGUUAGAAGACCUGACCGAAAAGACCUACUUGGCUAUCUCAAUGGUGAAGCAUCAACGUCAGCAAGUAUAGACAGAAGUGCCCCUCUAGAAAUAGGUCUUCAGCGGUCUACUCAAGUCAAACGGGCUGCAGAUGAAGUUUUAGCAGAAGCAAAGAAACCACGAAUUGAGGAUGAAGAGUGUGUGCGCCUUGAUAAAGAGAGAUUGGCUGCUCGCUUGGAGGGUCACAAAGAAGGAAUUGUACAGACUGAACAGAUUAGGUCUUUGUCUGAAGCUAUGUCAGUGGAAAAAAUUGCUGCAAUCAAAGCCAAAAUUAUGGCUAAGAAAAGAUCUACUAUCAAGACUGACUUAGAUGAUGAUAUCACUGCUCUUAAACAGAGGAGUUUUGUGGACGCUGAGGUAGAUGUGACCCGAGAUAUCGUCAGCAGAGAGAGAGUGUGGAGGACACGGACGACCAUCUUACAGAGCACAGGAAAGAAUUUUUCUAAGAAUAUAUUCGCAAUUCUUCAGUCUGUCAAAGCCAGGGAAGAAGGGCGUGCGCCUGAACAGCGACCAGCUCCAAAUGCAGCACCUGCGGAUCCCACAUUGCGAACAAAACAGCCUAUCCCAGCUGCCUACAACAGAUAUGACCAGGAAAGAUUCAAAGGAAAAGAAGAAACGGAAGGCUUCAAAAUCGACACUAUGGGCACAUACCAUGGUAUGACACUGAAGUCUGUAACGGAGGGUGCGUCAGCUCGCAAGACUCAGACUCCCGCAGCACAGCCAGUACCCAGACCAGUUUCUCAAGCAAGACCUCCCCCGAAUCAGAAGAAAGGAUCUCGAACACCCAUUAUCAUAAUUCCUGCAGCUACCACUUCUUUAAUAAGCAUGCUUAAUGCAAAAGACCUUUUACAAGACCUGAAAUUUGUUCCAUCAGAUGAAAAGAAGAAACAGGGCUGCCAACGAGAAAAUGAAACUCUAAUACAGAGAAGAAAAGACCAGAUGCAACCAGGGGGCACUGCAAUUAGUGUUACAGUUCCUUAUAGAGUAGUUGACCAGCCCCUUAAACUUAUGCCUCAAGACUGGGACCGAGUUGUAGCAGUAUUUGUGCAAGGUCCUGCCUGGCAGUUCAAAGGUUGGCCAUGGCUUUUGCCUGAUGGAUCACCAGUUGACAUAUUUGCUAAAAUUAAAGCCUUCCAUCUUAAAUAUGAUGAAGUCCGUCUAGAUCCAAACGUUCAGAAAUGGGAUGUAACAGUAUUAGAACUCAGCUAUCACAAACGUCAUUUGGAUAGACCAGUGUUCUUACGGUUCUGGGAGACGUUGGAUAGGUACAUGGUAAAGCAUAAAUCCCACUUGAGAUUCUGAAUUACUUGGGUUUCCCCUUCUUCUGGAAAUCUGGAUUAAGAAGCAUGGAUAUACCUUGAUCUAAAGACUGAGAGUCAAGCUUUAUGAAUUUAUCAAAAACUUACAAACGAAGAAGGUCACAGAUCGAUCAAAGACCUCAUUUGAUGCUUUAUGCUUCAAAGGGAUGAUGCCUGUCAUUCAUAUAAGCAAACUUUUUUGGCUUAUACCUAUUUUUUUAAUAUUAGCCUUCUAGUCUGUAAUGGAAAUUGUAUAUUUUGAUAGAAGUUUUUUCUCCAUUGGUUAAACUAGCAUUACUUAAAAUUUGUUUCUUUAGAAAAUAAAAACAGGUUAUACAUGUGUGUAUAUUUAGAGGUUAUAAGGCUGCCUAAGCCAUCUUGCUUCUGAUUUUUCAUUGCUCUACUAUUCCUUUUAUUGAAAAUACUAUGUUAUGAAUGAUAUUAAAUUUUUAGUUUCUGGAACUUACAAAACCAAGCAAAGGGAUGUGACUAUUUUGAAUGAAUCAAAAUGUCAACCUGUAUGUAUACUAUAUCAAUACUUUUUAUUUAAAAAGGAAUAAUGAAAAAUCAAGAACAAUUCUUCAUCUUUGGUUGAACUGUUCAGCCUUUUCAAGACUUCUUUACUUAUAUUGAAUACAUUUAAUGAAUGUACAUUCUUCUCACUGACUUUGGUGAUUUUAAAACUUAGAAUGAUAUAUUUCUAUCUGUGAUAUAUUUCCACUUGAAAAAUCACAAAAACAGAUUAAAAACCUAAUAGCUAUAGUACUUUUUAUUUUGGGAGCUAGAGUAUGACUUGGUGGAAGGAAGUGUAUUAAUCCUACCGUAGUGAAAAUGAAACUUUGACGACUUUAUCUUUCCUCAUAAGUCCACCUCUCAUUCUUAACUUACUGGGUGUGGGGUUUAGAGUCUUCUCUUUCUAGGCAAGUUGAUCUUGGAGUCCUUAUCUUCCAUUAUCCCUAAAUAUUGAUAAAUUCUCCCAGGCACCAAAGAACACAUUUGCUUAAUUGUCUGAACAGAAACAAGAUAAAAACACUGGUAUUUUUAUGUGCAUAUUCAAUAUUGUAUGAAAUAUAAAACCUAUAUUUUAACUUAGUAAAAUAUUUUACUACGUCUCUACUUUAGACAGAGUGUUGCAUCCAAGAUACAAUGAAAGAGCAUUUUCCGUGAGUCUGAAUUUCACCUUUUACUGCUUAAAAGCAACUUGGAACCUUUACUCCCCUAAAGAAUUUCUGCCAUUAGAAUUGUUGCUGAUCAUUUUGUAUCAUUUUUACCCUGCCUUCCCUCCCAGUGUCUCUCUUAGCUAUAUCUGUCUGUAUAGACAGAUAUAUGUAAACAUUUAGCUCCUUAUGUUGACAUUACCUGGCCUCAUUUUGAAAUUUAAUGCUAUCAUAAAAAUGAGAAGCACUUAUUAUUUAUUUUUUAAGUAACCAUGAAAACUCCAUAUGGAAUUUGCUAGGUUUUUGAGAAGAAAGCCAGUCAGCAUUUAAAAUAGAUUUUAGGGUAUUUAUAAGGUUUGAAGAGAUCUUGCUCCCCCUCUUUCUUCUCUGCAUCCCCUCUUUUUGAAAAUAAAAGGAAACUCAAAUUUGUUCACAUUAGAAUAUCUCAGCAUAUAAAUCUGUUUUCAAAAUAAUGUAUUGUAUAAACGUUCUCCAUGAUGAAAUAGUCAAGAACUAGAAUCUGUAAUAUUUUAAAUGUAAGAUUACUUGUUAAGACUACUACAAGUGGACAUGAACUACCUUUCUAUAAAGAUUUUUAGUAUUUAUACUUAUGUCAUGUAUGAAAUUUACUUGAUACAGAGUGUGGUUAAAAUUGGGAACAUCUUUAAACAGGGUUUAUUUUUCUAUCUUGAAUUUGCCUUAUAUAUAUUCAAAGGCUUCUGGAAAUACAAUACUGUAAGGAACAUUAGGAAAAGUACAAAUAUGCUAUGCCAUGUCUUUUAAAAUCGGACCCUUACUAUGCACUUGUUUUAUUUUUUGGCAGUUCAGUCCCUUAUUUAGGUCUGUGUAAUUAAUUUUAAAGCUGUUAAUUCUAAAAAAAAAAAAAAAAGUCUUUUAGCCAUUCACUGUUUGCUCUCAUGACUCCAAGUCCUACAGGCAGCACCUAUCACAGUGCCUUGCACAUAGUAGGCAGUUAGUAAAUAUUUAUAUACAUGAACGAAUAAUGUAUUUUAAUGUAACUGAUUCAUUUCGAAAGUACUUUGACUAUACUUGGUUUUGGAGUUUGAAAUUUCAGAAUUACAGGGAAUGAAGAGGCAUAUGCAGAUAUUUUAAUGGAAAUGAAGUACACAUUGACAAACUUGACUUACCCAUGAGUUACUGUUAACAGGAGACCCCCUUGUCUUUUCCCACUGGUAAAGGGAAGCUCCAUUUAUAUAUUCCUGGAAUGUUCUUCUGAGUCAGGUAAGGGUGAGCAGCUUGUAGGUUUUGAUCAGCUCUCAGCCCUGACUGCACAUUAGAAUCAUUUGGGGGCCUUUUAAAAAUACCGUUGCCUGAAUCCCGAUUCUGAUUUAAUUUGUCUGGGACGAGACCUAGUUGUCAGUAUUUUUUAAAAGUUCUUCAGGUAAUUUUAUGUUCAGAAGAGAUUAAGAAUCACUGGUUAAAUUGUUUUGAAAAUAAUACCAGUAUUAAAUGUUAUGUUUUCUCCUUUUUCUUUCUUUUUUUUUUUUAUGGCCACCCUUUGCACUAGACCAUCUCCUGUUUCGGUGGCAUUGGCCUAAAGUUCCACAUGACAAGUUUUAUUUAUUUAAUAUAGGAGUAUUUUGCUGUUUAAUAUUUAAACAAUGUUUAAUAUAUUUCAUUAUAAACUAGUAUUAUAGUUUAUGAUUUGUUCCCCAUGUGUCCAUAUCCUUUACUGACUUUUUUUUUAACAGCAGCAUGACAACAAUUCAUACAAAAAUAACUAAUUCAUAAUGAGGAAAAUUUCAUAAUUUUUAAGGUAGAAGGAAGUAUUAGUUUCUUAUCUGCCAUGCAGAAUUAGAUAGUUUGCUUAUGAAAAGAAAGAAGCAUCUUUUUAAUUGGUCUACAUAGAAAAGUAAAAGUAAAUUAUUCAUUUAAAUAAAAUUCAUUAUCUAAUAAACAUUGAAGGAAAUAUUUUUCCUAAAUAAAAUUUUUUGUGACUCUUAACAAAAUUAAAGCGAUGACAUUGUUCUUUUUUUGGAAGGUGGGGAGUGGGUAUUUAGUUGCCAUGUUUCUUACUGUAUGACAGUAGUUCCAUUUUGUCAGUGUCAACAAUAGAAACGAUGAUAGGAUAUACGUACAUGGCCGGAAAUAAAGUACCACUUUGCCAGAUACUUAUCUAAGUCUUACUUGUUGAGCUACUUAGUUUAUAAAAUUGUGACCGUUAUAUUUUAUAAUAUUAAAAUUCAAUUACAAAAGCUGGUCAAAAUGAAGGAAAACAUAAAAAAAUAAAUAUAAUUACCUUGGCCUUAAUAUUGCUUGACAGAAUUUUUAUUAUUCAUUGGGUUUUAAUAUUCAACUGGUUAAUCGUAGCAUAUAAACUUUAGAAAUAAAGGGAGAAAUGACUGAAUUUGACUUAAGUGGAUUAGAAAUUUUGAAAUGCCAUGUCUUAUAUGUCCUGGCCUAUUCACUGCCACAUUUGGAUAUAUGUUGACCCCAGCAUGGUAUCUAUAUUAUGUUGGAAUAAUAACUAAGGGAAAAUUGGAAAUGUAUAAUAGAUGUAUAAAUAAUUUUAUUUCGUAAAUGCAUAAUAGGUAAUAAUACAGGUUAUUGAUCUGUUUGGGUUUAUAUGUAUUAUUUUAGGUAGUGUUUAUAAGAGUUUCUCGGGAGUUAUAAAUGUGUGCCAUUUAAAUGAGUAAAGCUAAUGAAAUAAACUAAUUUUAUCAAAAUUUAAAA